AUGAGUGCAUUAGAAUUAUUUAAAAUACUCGGAGAUGAGUCCAAUAAGCCUCCUCCAACACCAAAACAUAUACUAAAGAAAAGAAUACAUUCUCAGCCUGAAAAGGCUAAACGGUAUUGGCCUGGAAAGGCUCCAGAUUUCGCAUUAGAGGAGGAUAGUUUGUCAGAUGACUCAUCGCACGAGGAGGAACCUCAAAUUUUGGCAGAUAAAGAGCCUGAUCGCAGAUUAAAUAGAUAUAAAAUAACAGAAAUUGAAGGGUCUCAGGAUGUAUCGGAUCGGAUCCGAAGAAGGAAGGCCCAGGUUGAAACCAUAACUGUAUAUGAAUCAACACAUCCAAAGGAUGAUAAACAAGAUGAUAAAUUGACCACACCAGUCCCUGAUGGCUAUACACAGCCUGCUGAGAAAAAACUGGAUAGAAGUACCCUUAGGAAACUUGCGCUAGAGUAUCGCAAGAAAGAAGAAGAGUCUGCGCCUAAAACUGUUGAAGAGGAACCAGAGGAGUCUGAAAGUGAUACCUCAGAAGAGUCGGACUAUCAGGAAGAUGAGGCUGGAGUUGAGGACCUGGAUGUCCUUUCAAAACCAGUGUUUGUUCCAAAGGGCAGCAGAAAGACAGAGUCUGAGAAGGAGCAGCUUAGGAAGGAGGAAGUUUUGAGGAAAGAAAACGAGAAGAAGAGGCUAAUGGAGCGUAAAAGGGACACCAAGGAGAUGGUGAUACAGAAGGUUCAGGAACUUGAGGAGGAACCUGAGCCUGAGGAUGAACUCAUAGAUGAUACCGACACUUUUGACGAGAAAGAGUAUGAGCUUUGGAAGAUCCGUGAGCUUAAAAGGAUUCUAAGGGAUAAGGAGGAGAGAGAAAAGUUCAAAAAAUUGGAGGAGGAAGUUAAGUUGAGGCGUAGCAUGACUGACGAGGAGCGCGAGUUGGAUAACCAGAAGGUGGACAAGGUCGUGGUUGAGAAGAGCAAGCUCCGUUUCCUCCAGAAGUACUAUCACAGGGGUGCCUUCUUCAUGGAUAAGCUCCAGGAUAAGUCUGAGCCUCUAUACGCAAGGGACUUUAAUGCUCCAACUGCAGAGGACUGCGUAGAUAAAUCAUUACUCCCUAAGCCCAUGAGGGUAAGAAGGGGCCUAUACGGCAAACAGGGCCAGGUCAAGCAUACUCACCUGAAAGACGUAGAUACUACACAAUUCGACGCCUGGUCUAAAACUGAUAAAUAUAAACUCACAGGUUUGUUUUCAGUGAUUAUAACACAAUUUUCAGGAACUAAACAGGUCUUUGACCGACCUUCCAGGAAAAAGUAA